AUGGCAAGGCAUUUCGUCCUCCUCGCUGCCUUUGCACCUUUGGUUCUGGCUUAUUCAAAUACCGCCCCUCUACUCGCUUGGUCUUCUUCACAGUCCAAUGCCAUUGACAAUCUACCAACGAGCGGACGCCAGGCUUCUGCAAUUCUCGAUUCAAUCCUUACAGACGACUCUAUCUGCGACUUUGACGCUGUAGUCCUCGUCCAACAUCCAGGGGUUCACGCUUCAGACCUCCGAACGCUUUCGUCCGACUCUGAGAUUACGCGGGCGUUGAAGGACGCUCCGUCGUCGCGGUCCUAUCCGUAUGUCCUAAAUGAGGAGGCGGGAUGGGCAUUGAGGCAGGUUGCACCAGGUGUGGCCAAGAUGUGCGGGUCAAGGAUGGUCAAGUACGCACCUGGAGAGGACACUAGUGACGUGCAGCUUGACAGUGGAGAGAAGUACGCGGUUGUACUUGAUGCACCGACCUUGGUGGGUGAGGGAGAAGAGAGGGGCGAUAUUAUGGAUGAGCAGAGUACCGCGAUUGCCAGCGAACUCCAGCUCUUGUCUGCUGCGUUCCCCAACCACCUCGUCAUCUACGCCGGCCUACCCGUCUCAUCCCACUUUGCCCGCGCCCCCGCAGUGUUUGCUCCAUCCAACACGACACUCCCCGACGGUGGAAUCCUGAAGAAAUACCAGCUUUUGACGCCCGGGUUGAUCGUGUCUCUCUUGGUGGUGUUGUUUGUGUUCUUGCCCGUCCUCUAUAUUGGCAUUACGUCUUUGGCGGGAAUUCAGAACCCUGUCAAGAUGGAUCUGCCCAAGGGCUUCAAUGCCCAGGAGAAGAAGAACCAGUAG